AUGUUGCAACAUCCUUUCUUAACUACGGCCGCUUAUGCAGGUUAUCCAAAUAAGAUUAAUACUACAAGAGCUGGAAACUAUGAUUUACGUGUAAUUGUUAUGCGUCAUGGGGAACGAAUUGAUCAAACACUCGGUCCCAAUUGGCUUAAAUCUCCUCAGGUUCGUGCACAAAUUCCAAGAAGACUACCAAAACGUGCAAAUCAAUUGUUAUAUGCAUUUGAUCCACCGAUUACGCGAGAAGGCGAACAAGCAUCUGCUCUAAAAGGUCAACAAUUAAUGACUAUGGGACUAACGGCUGAUUAUUGUUAUUGUUCACCGACAUCUCGGACAGUCAUUACAAGUGCUGAUGUAUUAAUUGGAAUGAAUCGAGCAGCUGUUCCUUUAAAGAUUGAACCGGCAUUGUUUGAAACUAUGUCGUGGAAUCCACAAUUACAGUUAUUGGGAAAUGUAUCGCCAUUUAUGUCUACGCAAGAUUGGACAACAGCAGGAUACACUGUAGAUCAUCGAUAUCACCGUUUAACCAACUAUUUAAAUCCAAAUGAAACUGAACAGGACUAUUACAACCGUAGUGCACAAUUUUUACAUACGAUUGAAAAACGACACGGUUCUGGUCGUUCACGGAAGACUGUUCUGGUUGUUGGGCAUGCAUCUUCGACAAUAAUUUAUCCAACCAUAGCCUUGCGUCAUCCAUUCGAUGCAGUUAAAUUUGGACAAGACUGCGGAAACGUACAGUAUUUGAGUACUGUAAUAUUAGAAAGAGAUGCCUACUCCAAAAUUUGGUCAGUAAAGCACUUACGAUGA